GAAGGUAUGGUAAGUGCCUUUGAGCGGGGUAUAGGCGUAGGCGCCACGGGUUUGAGUGGGUCAAUAACUUUAACGCUCAACAUUAGUAGUAUAUCAAUAAUGGUCCACCACCCAAAUGACAUCCAGCCAAUUUGACACAACUGUGGGACGCAUUGGAGUCACAACUGGCCAGCAUCGCUGUCGACGCCUUGUAGUCCAUGCCCAGACGAAUUGAGGCUGUUCUGAGGGCAAAAGAGGGUGCAACUCAAUAUUAGGAAGGUGUUCCUAAUGGUUUGUACACUCCGUGUAUAAUUACGUGCAUUCAGAUCAGAUCUUUAUUUGUAGGACUAUAUAUGGCAGAAAGCUAUGGAUAAUUGUAAUCCGUAUGGUGAUUAUCCUCAGUGAGGAACUGUGUGGGAGGGAUGCAGCCAUCAUUGUUAGUGAUUUUACCCUUUUCGCCAGCUGUACACGUCACAGCAUCCUCUCUGGUGCGUUUGGAAAUGCACCAUCGCUGCAUCAUUCCGCUUUCUCUAUAAUAAUUAUAGGGGGCCCCGAGACCAUAAAAGGCUACGUUUCAAUCAUGGUCGACGAUGUUCCACCGAUUAUAAAUAUUGCCAUCGCUCUAAAAAUUCAACCGAAUGAUGGACCGGUGUUUUUCAAGGUGGAUGGGACCAGAUUCGGCCAGAGCAGGACAAUAAAAUUGCUUACAGGAUCGAAGUAUAAGGUUGAGGUGGUUAUGAAGCCGGCCAAUGCUGAUGCCACCACCAUGAACAUCGGAGGUAUCACCAUCCCUCUAGAGCAGCAGUCCAAAGAUGAGGAGUCAGUGGUGUACCAUGGACAGUACGACACAGAGGGAGUGCCUCACACCAAGAGUGGGGACAGGCAACCUGUCCAAGUCAGCAUAGAGUUUGGAAAGGCGGGCCAAUUCGAGACAAUAUGGCAGGUAAAGUACUAUAACUACUACAAGCGAGACCAAUGCCAGUUUGGGAACAAAUUCACCAACAUCGAGUAUGAAUGCAAGCCCAAUGAGACGCGCAGCCUGAUGUGGAUUAACAAAGAGGUGUUCAAUUGAGGAGCACCAAUCAACUCCUCCUUCAAACAAGCAGAGGAGAUGAGUUGCACACAAUAACUAUUUUACCAUCAACUUAAGAGGAAAAAGCCUUACUGUAGGCAUGCGUUUCAAGUCACUGAGCACCAUAAUUGUCUGUUUUAGAGAGAGGGAGGCAGUUAUCUACCAGGCUGAUCUCGGGGGUUGUUCGUAAUUGGUUGUAAUCAAUAAACAUAGUCAGGUUAUUAUCAGCAAUAUCAUUGGGAAUCACAGCUAUACAACAUCCGCUGUGUUGACUCUCAGCUCUGGCCACACGAGCUGAAGCUGUGGCCCUCCUGGACCAGGAUUGAAGACAGUUGUGGGUGGAAAUGUAUAUAACCUGACUUAUUACCUGUGAGGUGUGUGUGAUGUGAGUUGUAUGAAUAAAUUGACAUUAUAUUUGUGUUAUCCUAUGUGUUAGUUCUAGUGUUGUUUAAGCCUUUGAACAUCUGUUUACUUCUGAACAGCACAAUUGUGAUUAGCCUAUAAAGGGGGAGACAGUUUUUUUGUUAAAACUUCUCUAUUAUUUUAUGGAAAUAUUCAUAUUCUUUAGUCUAUUAAGUACUCUUGUUAUGUUGUGGGUCACUAUCAUUGUUUUGUCUCAGUUUUGUCUAUAAAUGCAUGGCUGAAUAAUCCUAUGCCUAAAGGUUUUGUUCUUCAGAUGCAGACUGAUAUCAGAUUGCCUAAACUGUUCAGUUCUGUUAUAAAUGUCAUUGAAAAGUGUGAAAGUAAAUAAACCCAUACCAGUUACUAGCGUA